AUGCUGCAUACAAAUUCGCCUACUCUUCGUGCUGCCUCAUACCGUGCUAUCCGCCUGGCUUCCACUGCUACUAAAGCCAGUUCCAGUAAUAGUGGUUCUGCCCCAGCCACUGCUUCUGUCACUGGUGAUGUUAGUGCCUCUGCCACUGGUUCAAGUUCGUUCCGUACUACCAAGAUUAUCGAACCUUUGGAUAGUAAACCUAACAUUGUGAUAUUGGGGUCUGGUUGGGGUGCCAUCUCAUUCCUUAAGGCAAUCGAUACUAAGAAGUACAAUGUAUCUAUUGUUUCUCCUCGUAAUUACUUCUUGUUUACACCAUUGCUACCUUCUACCCCUGUGGGGACAGUGGAGGAAAAAUCCAUCAUUGAACCAGUGGUCAAUUUUGCUUUAAAGAAGAAAGGUAACGUUUCAUACUACGAAUCUGAAGCCACUGAGAUCAAUCCUGAACGUAAUACCGUUACUUUGAAAUCCAUCUCUUCCAUAGCUCAUUUAAACACAGACGAAGCCGCAUCUAAUUCCAACAUCAAACACAAUCAAGCUGCUGAAUUGAAAUAUGAUUAUUUGGUUUCCGCUGUGGGUGCUGAGCCAAACACUUUUGGUAUUCCAGGGGUCGAAAAAUAUGGUAACUUCUUAAAGGAAAUCCCAGACUCUUUGAAAGUCAGAGAAAGAUUUGCCGCCAAUUUAGAAAUGGCAAACUUAUUACCAAAGGGUGACCCAGAAAGAAAGAGAUUGUUAUCUAUUGUUGUUGUUGGUGGUGGUCCUACCGGUGUGGAAACUGCCGGUGAAUUACAAGAUUAUGUCCACCAAGAUUUGCAGAAAUUCUUGCCAGCUUUGGCCCAAGAAGUCCAAAUCCAUCUUGUUGAAGCUUUACCUUCAGUUUUGAACAUGUUUGAGAAAAAAUUAUCAUCCUAUGCUCAAUCUGUUUUGGAAGAUAGUUCAAUGAAAUUGUGGUUGAAAACUGCUGUCUCGAAAGUGGAAGCCGAUCAUCUAGUUGCCUCUACCAAGUUAGAGGAUGGUACUACUAAAGAAACUACAAUUCCAUACGGUACUUUGAUUUGGGCUACUGGUAACAAAGUCAGACCUGUCAUCUCGAGUUUAUUCAAGAAAUUACCAGAACAAAAAGAUGCCAGAAGAGGUUUGAUUGUCAAUGAAUUCUUACAAGUAAAUGGUACAAGAAACGUCUUUGCCAUUGGUGACAAUGCUUUCUCCGGAUUACCUCCAACCGCCCAAGUUGCCCACCAACAAGCUGACUACUUGGCUCAAUCCUUUGAUAGAAUCGCCCAUUUACCUGAAUUCCAAACUGAACUAUUAGAAGGUUCUGCAGACUCUACCACAACUGCUACUGAAUUGUUCAAGAAAAAUUCUUUUAGACCUUUCAAAUAUCACCAUCAAGGUGCCUUGGCAUACUUGGGGGCUGAAAAAGCUAUCGCAAACAUUGUUUUGGGUGGUAAAUCCAUAUACACAGGUGGUGGUGCCUUCACUUUCUACAUCUGGAGAGUCACAUACCUAGCGAUGAUUCUUUCUGCAAGAUCAAGAUUUAAGGUCAUCACUGACUGGUUGAAAUUGUCCUUCUUCAAAAGAGACUUCUUCAAGGGCUUGUAG